UGCAUACUAAACGAGGCUAAAUAUAGCUGCUUUCACUUAAAAUUUUUAACCAUUGCUUUUGCAUAUUUUGCAUAAAAGUUUGUGUGAGUUUGCGUGUAAAAACCUAUUUGUCGAAAGCAUAUUCUUUUGGUUUUUUUUUCUUUAAGAAAUGCAUUGUGAGCAAAUUUGAUUGAACAAAAAAAAUAGCAAGUGACCCAAAAAAAAUCUCACCCACAUAACUGUACUUAAUUGACGUCAACUCUAAUAAAAUCUUCGAAACCUACAGCAAUCUGAUUGGUUGCGAAUUGUUUAUGCAAUUAAAAGCUGAUUAUUGUUGGAAAAUAGACUUGUAAACCAAAUUCAAUAAGAGUGUCUGAUCCGCCUUAUCAGUGCAGCUAGUAUUUGAGAUUGAGAUCAAUGAAAACCAGUUUUGAGAGGGCUUUGGCAAAGAUGAUUUAUAUUGCAGAGGAGAAGAAAAAGCUUGGCAAUGACCAGUACAAAGCACAGAAUUACCAGGCUGCACUUAAGCUCUACUCCGAUGCCAUUCAAUUGUGUCCCGACUUCGCUGCUUACUAUGGCAACCGCUCUGCCUGCUACAUGAUGCUUUCUAACUAUAUCAAUGCAUUGAACGACGCCCGUCAGGCUGUGAGAUUAGAUCCGAAAUUCGAGAAGGCAUACGUACGCAUCGCCAAAUGCUGCUUGCUAAUGGGUGAUAUGGUCGGUUGCGAACAGGCUAUCAAAAAAGUGUUGGAUUUGGACUCGCAAAGUAAUGCUGUUAAAUCAGAGCAACAGGGAUUGCAGCAAUUGCGUCAGCUGGAGAAGACGAUACAAACAAAUUACGAUUCCAAGGCUUUUCGCAAUGUUGUCUAUUACUUGGACAGUGCAUUGGCAAUAGCACCUGCCUGCAUUAGAUAUCGUUUGCUCAAAGCCGAAUGCCUCGCUUUUCUCGGUCGGUGUGAUGAGGCCGUUGAUAUUGCCGUAAGCGUUAUGAAGCUGGACACCACUUCGGCUGAUGCUAUAUAUGUUCGUGGUUUGUGUCUUUACUACACUGAUAAUCUUGAAAAAGGCAUAUUGCAUUUUGAACGCGCACUCCAACUUGAUCCCGAUCAUAAAAAAGCCAAAGAGAUGCGAAACAAAAGUAAAGCUCUCAAAGAGAUGAAGGAAAAUGGCAACACCCUCUUUAAGUCUGGUCGUUUUCGUGAAGCACAAACUGUAUACACAGAUGCACUAAAGAUAGAUGAGCUGAACAAGGACAUAAAUUCGAAACUUUUAUACAAUCGUGCAUUGGUAAACUCCAAAAUCGGUGCAUUGCGUGAUGCCAUCGCUGAUUGCACAAGAGUUUUGGAUAUCAAUUCACAAUAUCUGAAAGCUUUGCUUUUACGUGCGCGCUGCUAUAAUGACCUAGAGAAAUUCGAAGAGUGCGUGAAUGACUACGAAACUGCUUUGCAGUUUCAAAAAACUCCCGAAAUCAAGAAACUAUUGCGCGAUGCAAAACUUGCACUGAAGAAGUCGAAGCGUAAAGAUUACUACAAGAUCCUUGGUAUUUCUCGCAACGCAACCGAAGACGAAGUAAAGAAGGCAUACCGAAAGAAGGCAUUAGUGCACCAUCCUGACCGGCAUGCUAAUAGUAGUGCUGAAGAACGCAAAGAAGAGGAACUGAAAUUCAAAGAAAUUGGGGAGGCCUAUGCGAUUUUGUCAGAUCAACGGAAAAAAAUGCGUUAUGAUAGCGGUCAAGAUAUAGAGGAUCAAGAGCAAGAUUUGGAUCCAAAUCAAAUGUUCCGGCAUUUCUUCCAAUUUAGCAGUGGAACAGGACCCGGGGCAUCAUUCGGAUUUGAAUUUUAAAUUUUGCAUGGACACCUCAUCACAACCACAAUCUUUUUCGUAGGAUAUUUGUCAACAAAGCAAGCGGCGGAGAUACAUUUGUGCAAAAGUUAAAAAUGAAACCAAAACCAAAUUGUUACCGUUGCUUGUCUUGUCGCAAAUUCGAAGGAAAUUUAAAACAAAAAUAAAAUUACCAACGUUUUAUGUAUUUUUAUUUAAAUAUAUAUUGAGUAUUACAAGGGUUUUGCAAUAGCGGUUAUCGAGAGAGCGAACCGAAUUAAAUUCUAGUUCAUUGUAGAAUUCCAGCUAUUAUAACUAAGCACAAUUCAUAUUCCGAUGGAAACAAGAGUUAUAGAAAAUUUUUGUAACAAAAAUUGUGGACGGUAAAUUAAAAGCAGUAAUACUGGAUACUUAACAACCAAAAACACAACAGUAAAGCAUUUUUGAUUCCCAAUUUAAACAUAUACAAUUUCAAUUUAUGUAUGUGAAUGUCUACUUGUUUAUAAUGUCAAUAAAAGAGUACAUCGAUGGACUUCAA